UCGGUUGUUGAUCGGUUUUAGUUCAUUGUGACGUUUACAGCUAGUGAAACGAAUGAUACAGACAGCGAAUUUUGCAGUGGUUGGCUAAAUAUUGUCGGCAGCGAAAAUUACUUUUUAGCCUUCACCAGGAGUAAAUUCGUGAUCUUUCGAUGUGACGAGCUAGGAGUUUUUCCCUAGUUGGUACCGCCCCGCGAAUGAAAUUGUGAAAUCGAAAACAAACGAACGGCUUCGCGGUGUUUUGUUUGUUCCGUUGAAAAUUUUGUGACCAAGAUUUAGCUGGGGGAGAAGCGUUUACAAGUUAUUGAUUUUUCUCGACCGUCGUGCGAUAGCGGUUUCUUUUUUGCCUUUGGCAGUAAGGUGCAGAAAAUUCGAAAACAGUGAGUUGUAAGAUAUUCUCCUACAGUGCGGGUUGUUUCCGGUGAAGCGAGUGUUUGAUUUUUUCGUGUCGUGGCCAAUGCAGAUUUGUUCCUGAAGAGAAAGCAAAAAAAAUCUCACCGGAAGAAAAUUCAUCUUAAGCUCAAUCAAUAGGUGGAAAACGGCAGACGGAAGCUGCGGCAUUAACCGCCUUCGAUUAUAGUGACAAGUGCGUGCAAUUAUUAAGAAAAAAUGAAAUAGCAGAUCAACAAUUUCAAUUUCGAAUAAAACUACGAAAAAUAGUAUAUCCUACACACCAGACAACGACGGCAGCAUGUGGAUUCCUACUAGCAACAAAUACGGAGUCGCUAUCCAUAAUUGGCACGGCAACGUCACGCACGGGUUGGCACUGGAUGUCGGCGAUUUCGUCGAGAUUCUGGAGGAAACGACACAUUGGUUUCGCGGCACCUGUCCGCGAAAGCCGCGCAAGGUUGGCCUCUUCCCCAAGACGUACAUUCACCUGAAAGACCUGGCCAAGCUCGACCCGGUAGUAGCCGAAUGCACGCUCGUACUACGCGAAUGGUCUGAAAUAUGGAAGAAACUAUUUGUGGAACGAGAAGAAUACAAAUUUACCUCUCUGCGGAAGGUGAUGCUGGCCCUGCUGGAAAGCCGACGAGAGCUGCUGAGUGCCACCCUGACGCAGGAUCAAACUUACGAUCUGCAGAUGAAAGUGAUCUCGAAAAUCGAUUGGGGAAAUCGAAAAUUAGGAUUAGAUCUAGUGCCAAGGCUAGGAACGCUUGCGGUAGAUCCGCACAAGAUCGGCAUCGUUUCGCUGCACCAAGUGCAUGUCAACAGUGCCGAAAAUGCUAAAGCCGCUUCGAACCGUGGUACGUUGCGUCGGAAAGCAGGCAAAAAGAUUCUCACCCAUCAUCUCUACUUUUGCAUGCGUGAUUUCGGCCAUCGAAUAGGUGACGAUGCUGAAAUCUACUUCUAUCUGUACGAUGGAAACCCGCUGCGGAUGCGAGCCCUAUCCGAGCGGUUCCUGGUGCGCAUUGCCAAAGAUGGGUUUUCCACGUACGUGGAAACAACUCACAACUGUACGGUUUUUACCGAUUUAGGCUCUUCGGAUCUGAACCAGGAUCUGUACCUGAUUGCCAACGUAAUGCGAGUUGGUAAGAUGCUGCACUCGGAAUCGGUUAAAAAAGGCGACAAAUUCGUCAGCAAUCAUUCGUAUCGGAGACCAUACGGCGUUGGAGUGAUGUCGCUCAGCGAAAUCGGACAUUUUGACCAUACGGUUGAGUCGGAGGAAAAGGAACUCAGUUUCAAGAUCUUUCAAUGCGAAGAGAAAGACUAUCACCAGCUGCAUGAAUUGAUAAUUAAGAAAACCAGCGGAAAAUAUCAGCCGAUCAAUGCCAGCACCCAGGGUCACUAUGGGCUGGUGGUUUCGCUGAAAUUGAUUCACGGAGGCUUGGGUCAGGCGAAAAUUGAACAACCGAUCCUGUUUCAGGGAACUGCCAUAACUAAAAAAGUCGGAUUUCCGGAUGUCAUUAUGCCCGGUGACGUUAGGAAUGAUCUUUUCCUAACCCUAGAACGGGGAGAAUUCGAAAGGGUUGGCAUAAGUACUGCCAAAAACAUCGAAAUUACCGCCCUGGUGCUUGAUGAAAACGGAAGAAUCAUUCAAGAGUGCAUUGCAAUUGCCGCCGGCAAUUCGCUUCAGGCGUACUACAAAUCUAUGGUUUUAUACCAUAACAAUUCACCGGCGUGGAAUGAAACGAUUCGCAUGUUCGUUCCAAUCGACAAAUUUAGCAAAGCUCACGUGCGGUUCGAAUUCCGAAGCUGCUCUACUCGGGAUAAAUCCGAUCCAAAGUUGUUUGGAUUUAGCUUUGCUCGGCUGAUGGAACCGGGUGGUGCAACAAUUGCAGACGGAUCACACGAACUGUACGUCUACAAAUGCGAAGAUAUCCUGAAAGUGCAGCCAAACAUCUACCUGCGCUUACCAUGCUCUUCAAGCGACAAACACGCUCACUCUCUGGAAUCUAAUUCUUCCUACCAUCGCAGUUCCAAAGAAGCUUUCUUCGUAAAGACUAUCCUUUGCUCAACGAAAUUAACCCAAAACAGCGAUCUGCUGUCGCUUCUUCAAUGGCGCAAUCAUCCGGAGCGCAUACAGGACUCUCUUCAGCGGGUGCUCAGACUUCACAACGAAGAAUUGAUCAAGUUUCUGCAGGAUGUUUUGGACGCUCUGUUUGCCAUGUUCUCAACCGACGACGGUAACAGUACUCCACAUUCCGGACUGGUUUUUCACGUUCUUGUGUCGAUCUUCAGUUUAAUGCAAAGCAGCAAAUUUCAACAUUUCAAACCCGUAAUGGAUGCGUAUAUUAAGGAUCACUUUGCCGCUCCACUCGUCUAUAAAGGUUUGCUAUCUUCGGUUCAACACCUGGCCGACUGGAUGAUGACAGCGGAAAAUCUGGAACCUAUUCUACAGUGCUUCACCUCGCUGGAGUUUAUCUUCAAGCUGAUCAUUCAGAGCCGGAAAUUGUUUGCACAUGCUUCCGGUGGUCAAUACGAGGAUAAAUUUAAGCACGACCUGUUCGCGGUGUUCACCUCACUUAACAGUAUGCUCGUCGCUGCCAGCCAUUCACACAUCCUACCCACUCAGGAAGCCCUGCUGAGUUCAAUUGGUGUCGUCUUCGAGCAGCUGCGAACUAUUAUUACCAAACCCGAACUUGAAACACUAGUCAAAGGCAUGCUGGAUGCUGUUCCAAAGGAAGCUCAGCCUCCUUUAAUCCAAGCGAAACUAAAAUCUAUCAAAGAUAUGGUGUCCGGUCAACUGUUUCAGGAUGACGAACUCCGUUCGGUGAUUCUAAAUAUUGCCUGUAAACAUCUUCGGGUUCAUUUGGCCAGGCGAGACGAGUUGAGACUUUGUGCGGAGAUUCUCGCUGAGGUGCUGAUUAAGUUGCACGACGCCAAGCUUAAAUCAAGUGACAAACCAUCAAAUGCUAUCCACCACGAUUUGGAUACCCUAUUUUCGACCAUCUUUCCAAUCCUCAUGCAAACCAUUAACGUUCUUGGCAACGGCGGACAUGAUUCACUGAUUUGCUCUUUGUUCGCCGUAAUUCUCGGUCUCAUGCAACUGCUGGACGAAUCGCACUACCAGCGCAUGUGGGAUCGGCUUAGCUCGACCGGAGGAAGUAAGGAACUAAAAGAUUUCAUUCAACAGUGUCUGAGCAUCUUCAAAGAUAUCCUCGAACAGGACUGGAUGAUCUUCUCGAAGGACUGGUUGGUGAUGAAGAUGUCCGCCAACGAAGUGCUUCGCAAGACGCUGGAGGAGCUGGCAAAGCCGUUGGUUUAUCGUUUCCUGGGACCACAGUCCUUUGAUUCGCAGCUCUGGUGGUCGUACUUUAGUGUGGCGGUGAUCUUUCUGACCCAACCGUCGCUGCAGAUCGAACAGUACCACGAAACCAAGCGCCGGAAGUUGCUGAGUAUCCAUGGGGACAUGCGGGUGGCGAUGGGGUUUCAGAUUCUGAGCAUGUGGUCCCAGCUGGGUGAGCACAAGUUGCACUUCAUCCCGUCGAUGGUUGGUCCGUUUUUGGAGGUUACCCUGGUACCGGAACCGGCCCUGCGAAAAGCUACCUUUACCGUGUUCUACGAUAUGAUGCAGUGCGAGCAGAUAUCCCGAGGUUCCUUCCGACUGGUGGAAAGCGAGUUGAUCGACAAGCUGGAUCUGCUGAUCAGCGAAAAUAAGGGCGACGAUGAGUAUCGAGAACUGUUCAGCACAAUUCUACUGGAACGGGUUCAGGCGGAAAAUCCAUCCUGGCGUGAGUCGGGAACGGCUUUCAUUUCGUCCGUGACCCGUCUGCUGGAACGCCUUCUGGACUACCGCAGUGUAAUGCAGGGUGACGAGAAUCGGGACAAACGCAUGACUUGUACCGUAAAUCUGCUGAACUUCUACAACGAUGAGAUCAACCGAAAGGAGAUGUACGUGAGGUACAUUUACAAGCUGCUGGAUCUCCAUCUCGGAGCGGAGAACUAUAUCGAGGCUGGGUUGACGCUAAAACUGUAUGCCGACAUGCUUUCGUGGGAUAGCGAUAAUGUUUCCGAUGAAGCUGACGGUCCAAUGGAGUGGGAGCAGAAGGAGAAGAUUUAUAAAAAUAUUAUCAACUAUUUCGACAAGGGCAAGUGCUGGGAAAAAGGAAUUCCCCUGUGCAAGGAGCUGGCUUUGUUCUACGAGCGCAAACGGUUCGACUACAAUCGGCUAAGUGAUGUACUCAUUCAGGAGGCAAAGUUUUUCCAAAAUAUUCUAACACAAUUACGGCCAGAGCCGGAGUAUUUCCGGGUCGGAUAUUAUGGAACGGGUUUUCCCUCGUUUGUUAGGAACAAACAGUUCAUCUAUCGCGGACUAGAGUACGAACGGAUCGGGGCUUUCAUCCAACGGUUACAGAUCGAGUUUCCCACUGCGCAGAUUCUGGACAAAAAACAUUACCCACCAGACAGCUCGAUCCUCAACUCACCGGAGCAGAAAUUCCACGUGGUCAACGUUCGACCCAUAUCGGAUCCCAGCCAUUUGAAAAGUGCCAAAGUUACGGUGCCGGAGAAAAUUUCAAAAUAUUAUGAGGUAAACGAUGUCACCAAGUUUCAGUAUGACCGACCCAUCCACAAGGGUACCGUCGAUAAGGAAAAUGAGUUCAAGUCCCUCUGGAUAGAGCGCACGAUCUACGACAUAGCCCAACCAUUGCCGGGCAUCCUGCGGUGGUUCGAGGUUACCAAUGCCUCCGUGCACGAGCUAACGCCGGUGGAGUUCGCCUGCGAGACGGUAGCCAACGUCAACAAGGAACUAUCCGAUCUCAUCGUACAGUACCGGCUGGAGGCGAAGCGUAAUCUAAAUCCGUUCACCAUGCGCCUGCAGGGUUCCGUUGAUGCAAACGUGAAUGGUGGUUUCAACAAGUACCAGGAUGCGUUCUUCACGGAACGGUUCACCAAGUCUCCGGAGGGCCGAGAUCAAAGCAUGCACGUGCAACGACUAAAGCGCAUGAUUUUCGAACAAAUGCAAAUUCUCAGGCAGGCACUAGAAUUGCAUAGAAGUCUAGCAUCCGAUGAGGUCCUUCCAUUGCACAAUCGGCUCACAGAGGCAUUCCUAGAACUAGAGAAGAGCACCGCUGAAUGGAAAACGAAUAUUAACAUUCCAACGAAACCACUUCCGCCUCUUCCGAUUGCAAGUGUCCAUCAGCAUUCGGCAGCUGCGCCGAAUGGCAUGACAAGCUCCUGCAAUUCGCAAAACUACUUCGAGGAUCACGACGAAACGUACACCUAUCUGAGCCGUAAAACACUAUCUCUUGCGGGAAUCGUGCCUAUGACGGCCAUGACAUCGUCACCUCUUCCGGCACCGCAGGUGCCUCCCAGGGACUCACUCACCUCGUCACCUUCGGCACCACCCCUUCCACCGCGUGGUCAAACCCCGGACAAACGCAAUUCUAAUCCGAUGCCAUUUACAGAAUUCGUAGAGCAGCAACAGCAAGGAUCUGCACCGGCUAGACCGAGAUCGAAAAAGUACUCACUCUACGAGAUUUCGCUAAAUGACAGUAUGAACCACAGCUACGGCAGUCCACGUUGUUCUAACGAGCUGAAAGGGCUCUACGACGUUGGCGUGAUCAACCGAGACUCUGGAAUCUCCACCAGCUCACAGGAGCUGAACAAUCUGAACAGUGGUUCACAACCGAUGACCACAUCGAACCCUCUAAAUCACCACCACCACUACCACCAGCCGAUGCCAGUUUCGGCAGGCCCGACAGAAGAUUUCAGCAUCUCACUGAACGGUAGCAACGGGGUAGUAACGCCCAGAGGACACCAAAAAACAAACUCCAAUCCGGAGUCCUACAAUGUGACCAGCGUUCAAGAGCAGAAAAUGAACACUAUAAACACCUCGAUGAGCAAACUAACGAUGUCGAACGGUUCUACCGCUCAGCCGCCUCCGCCGCCGAUUCCACCCAAGUCAGCCUCUCUGCAGCACCAACAUUCCUUCUCAUCACCGGGUCAGGCACCCCCGCUUCAGCAUCAUUCACGCCACCAGCGAAACCAAUCGUUGAACCUAAGUCACAAUUCCUCCUCCGACGGGGACGCAAUCAGUCUGAAUGACAUCAGUCCGGCUCCACCGCCAUUCAACGAUACCUUCAGCGAUUCGUUCAGCGAUGAAGGCGAUGGUCACAAUUCCCACAUUAAUGAUUCUACCACUGCCGGUUACUGUGUGCCAAAGAUAAUACAGUCCCAUCAGCAGCAACAUUCUACGACCGGCAGCUUGGGUCGGCGUUCGCUCAACGGUGCUGAUGAUCUGAUGGGUGGGAUCGUCGAGGUGCGAAACACGACCAUGGUUCCCCUGAGGCACGACGAUGAGGAGGAGGAAAUUUUCUACUAGUUGCUCUACCUAGGGUACAUUAUGUGCAAUCAAUAUCGAAAACAAAUUGUUCGUUUACGAAUGCAAGGUCUUCGGUUGGGUUUGGAAUUGAACAUCCAAUAAAAUACUCUAAUUUUGUUGUAAAUAAUAUACUGUGCUACCGGUUGAGUCUCUAACAAAGAAAGCUGUUAAGCGUAACCAAUCAGACGAUUUCCACUGAAAAAAAAUCAUACCAACGAUCAUUAUCAGGUUAAGUGUGGCUCUGGGUGGAAAAAGGAAAGGGAACAUUCAACUACCAGCAACUGCUAAGAAAAAUAGUGACCGACCAGGGACACAAAAGGGUUGUCAAUCAUUCUAUACAUAUACAUACUUAUAUUAUAUACAACUACCGGGUAAACUGGAAAAAACGCCAAACUUUAGCAUGUAAGUUGAAAAUUUAACAUCAAAUCUAUACAAAACAAAAAACAACAUUACCCUAUCGUAAAAUUGUCAACCGAAGAAUUGCGAUGAAACGCUGUGAAUAAUUAUUAUAACGAACAUUAUUGGUACACUAUCGGUAUUUGAAGCUACUAAUAUGUAAACUACGAUUUCAGUCCUAUCAGCUAGAAUUUACUUUGGCAAUAGUGUUGUAGAUGUUAUUGCAAAAUUAUGCGAUGCGAGUUUCUCACCGGUUUCUCCGUUAUAUAACUUUUUUGUGUGGCCGGAACUACUAUAUGCUAAUGAUGAUAAACUGAGCUUAAUAAGCGACUACCACGACGGAAGAAGUUUGGAAGAAUUGAAGGUACACGAUACUAGUCAAAACGGGAAAAGGUGAAACGAGGUGUAGGUUGCGAACACGGUUGCGGGUUGUGAUCGAUUCACCAAAAAGGAUCUGAAGUGUAAUAAAAAAUAUCAAAGAAAGAAAAGCAAGGCGUGACGGAGCGAGGUAACUAGAAAAAAUAUUCCACUGCAUGAAGCAUACAAUGUAAGGCAAAUAUUUUAAAGAUUUUUUUA